AGUAAAAAGUAAUUCGAAACGAAGAGCAAUGCAAGGAACGUGGCUGCGAGUGACAGUGGUGGAAAUUGAGGGGGCACCUGUCGCAGGCGAUCCGAGAUGGCACGGUGCGAAUCGCACAGUGCGAAUACUUUAUUUGUCCAUCUGUCCCCACUCGGAGCAGCAAGUGCACGCCGCCGAGAUCCAGGCCAAUUCUCGCACACCGCCUAUCGUGGAAGGCAGUAGUGAGGUAGUUUUAGCUUUAGACGCGGUUUAGGAUUAAGUGGGGACCAUUUUUUGUGAACAGGAAAGACACAGACGCGCUUUAAACAUGUUAAGCAUGUAAGUACCACCUGCACACGUACGCCAAGCCAAAUUAUCGAUCGACGCCGAAAUGUGCUUUGUUCUCUCUGACACGCUCAUUUCUUCCGUCCACAGAUACAAAACCAAGGAGAGCACAUCCUACAUACACUUAAUGGCGGCUGAGCGGUGCGGCCUUGGCUCCCUGUUGCCGUCAGGGUGUAGAGGCCGCGCCGAGACCUUCGCACGCCGCCUCUCGAACCGCCUCCGCUCCCUCGGUCACGGCAGCGGCCAAUACGAGGAGGACUCGGACGGCGUCCCGGGUCAACAGCCCACCGACUCGCCAGAGUUCUGGCAGGUGCGACGCACCGGCAGCAAGGAGGCCCUUGUUGUUUCGCCGCCCGACUCCAACAACACGGACAGGUUCUACGAUUUUGACGUCGUCGACCAACAUUCGGGAGCUUCUAGUCCCGCCAAUGAGCAGGACGAAAUAAUCAACGAGUCAGAUGGCUUAACGACCGAGUGCGAGUCGGGAUGCGUGCUUGCGUCGCCAACGCAGGUGAAUGGUGCCGAAGGCGACAGCGAAGAGGAGGAGGCCUCGGUGUACUUUGAGCCGGCGUGGGGCGAAGUGCUGGCGGACGCGUUCGCCAGUUUGGUGCCGCCAGAGAAGAGACAUCAGGAGGUGCUGGCAGGCAGCAGGAAGGAGCGGAAAGAGCAGCAGCAAAACGGCGAGCAGCAGCAGCAAAACGGCAAUCAGCACCAAGAUGAAGACGAAGACGAGGACGAGAGGGCUGCCCUGGUGCCGCAGGACGGUGCCAGGACGCUGGACAGUGCAUUCAGUGAGAGUGAAGCAGGCGCCGACGAGGAGGAGGUGGAGGAGGAAGAGGAGGAUGAGGACGCGGAAGAAGAGCUGUGCAGGAUGCUAGUCAGCCCAGACGCGGGCAGGACUUUGCGAAAAAUUGAACAGGAGGAAACGCCAGAAGAGCAUUCACACGAGCCGGCGUUGAUUCAAGAGAACGGCCGACUCGAAAUCACUGCCGAGGAGCGAGAAAUUCUAGAAGAGAAGCUGUGCCUGCGUCUAGAGAGCAUGGAGGUGAGCAACAAACACGUGGACAGCGUGCUGCACGAGGAGACCCUGCUGGUCGACUCGGUGAGCAGCCCGAAGGUGGUGCUGUCGCGGGCGGAGACGCCCGAGGAGGCCGAGUGCGCGCUGGUGGCGUGCGAGGCCUCCGCCGGCUCGCCCGACGACACCCAGCUGGACACGCCGGACGAGACGCCGAGACGCGUGCAGCGCUCGUCCAGCCUCAAGACCGGCAAGACGCCGCCCGGCACGCCCGGACGCAAGAAGAUCGUGCGGUUCGCGGACGUGCUGGGCCUGGACCUGGCCGACGUGCGAACCUUCAUGGACGAGAUCCCCAAGGUGCCGAGCUGCGCCUACUGGGACCUGAAGGACGCCGCCCUCGACGCCAGGAGCGGGCUGCAAGAGCAGGCCAACAAGGUUCCUAACAAGUGCCUGUUCGCCUUGUUCCAGCAGCCGUGCUCCUCCGCAGACUUCCUGGACAGGCUGAGGACGCAGCGGUUGUGCUUGGAGAACGCCUACCUGAACGAGAUGAUGAGCGUGACGGGCACCGUGCGCGUGCUCAACAUCGAGUUCCACAAGUCUGUCCACGUCCGCUACACCCUGGACAACUGGGAGAACUUCGCCGACCUGCAGGCGUCCUACGUGUCCGGCUCGUCGGACGGCUUCUCGGACAAGUUCUCGUUCAUCGUGUACGCCAACACGCUGGACAUCGGACAGAGGCUCGAGUUCGCCGUGCGCUACACGACGGCCGGCGACGUCUUCUGGGACAACAACAACGGCGCCAACUACGCCUUCCAGUGUCUGACGCCCGUGAACACGGAAAGCAGCGACUACCUGAUGUCUAACCUCGAAGUGCUGGACACGCCACCGCCGCCCGAAGACAGUGGAUGGGCCUCGUUCUACUGAGAGAUGAAAAGCAACAAAAAAAAGAACAAGUCACUCACUCACGCCUCUCUCUCUCUAACUCUCUGGAAACAGAAACAAACAAAAGAACCCAAAUCAAAAAUGUGAUGGAUAAGGAAACGUCGGCCCCGAGUUUGUAUUGAGCUCGCGAGUCGAUUCGGAAUUUUAAAAAUUCCGCUCUUUUGAGAUCUGCAUUGAACCUCUCUCGUCAUUAUAUACACAUCACCUCGAUAGUUUGGGUAUUUCGACACUCACACACGCGGCUGACGCCCCAGGGGCGCGCGACGCUGGUCGUGAGACGAACGUGAACGUAGUAAAGCCAAAGAAGCGACAAAAAAUUUAAUUCUACUGCUGCGCAGGAAUCAAAAACCAUCCCUUUUGGAUAGAACUGGAAAAUUAUCGACCUCUUAUGUUAUGUAUGUAGCGAAGCGGCAGCGGCAAAGUUGAGAAUUCCUAUAAUUAUGUUUGUAGCGGAACAAAAUAUCCGAAUGGAAAAAUUAUUGAUUAACUCAUCGAGAUAGGUUUAAUUAUUAUGAUCAACAGCUGUGCUGUGUGUUGAGCAGAGAGGGUAUCUGGGAAUUUUGAUGAAGCAGAAUUAACCAUGCAGACGCGAAAUAACAAAAACAGAAAUUUGCGAGUCGAAUUCAUGUUCAUAUAUUUUACGUUGAAAAGUGAAUUAAGCAGCUCAAGUCUGAUGAUUGGAAUAUUUAGCGAGUUUUUUUGUGAUACAUCCGAAAUAAGUUCACAGUGCGUGGGCAAAUUUUGUCACGAUGAAAGAGCAGAUUUCGUUUUAGUCGAGGCCGCGUGCUCGUGAUUCCGAGCUGGAUCUCGGCCAACGUGGACUGCUAUAUUAGAUUGUGGGACCCAGUUCCUAAUUGUUUCAUUGACCUUGGCCAAUACCUUAGUUUUCGAUUGAUGCCGAGCGAGAAAUUUGCCAAAUUGAAAUGAAUGUGGUUCAGUUGAGUAUAUAUUCCCCCGGUCGAGUUUUUAAAUUAAUUAAGUAUAAUAAUAAUUCAUGUUAUGUAAACGCCCCUUCUCUGUAGUGCUUGCUCUUCUUCUUCUUCUUCUUUUCCUUUUUAUUGAAGCGUACGCGUACGUUGUGAAUAAGCUCAAUCGGAGACAAAAUUUGACGUCACAUUUUAUGAGGAUCGGCAUUGACAUAAAUUAUAUAAUAUAUAAAUUGUUUUGUACGACGAAACUACUUUAGUGCCACUCUGGUAGGACUGAUUACAAUAUAUAUCAAAAAACCGCCAUAAAAUAAGAUACAAGAAAAGCAACAAGAUCUGCCUGAAAAUGUUAUCUGCUGAUCAAAAUACCGCAGAAUCGUGUAUUUUUAAUAAGAAGAAUGUAAUAUUAUAUUAAUUAAUUGUUCCCACCAAAUAAUUUUAAUAUAAUAAGUAUACCUCUCUUUCUUUUGCCGAUGCAUAAUUAAUAGCAAUCAAGUCAGUCAUCAUGUUCAGGGAAAAAACGGUUGUAAUUUAUUUCCCCGGCCAUAAUUUUUUUUCUCUCCUUCCUUUCCCAGCCCUACCUUAACAACUCGGUAGUGCCAUAAAUGUGAAUAAUUUACCCGCUGAGCAAAGAUAUGAUGUGCAAUUUCACGAGCUGUUACAAUAAACUGAGAGUACGAUAGUUUCAAAUAUACAAUUACGUAUUAUUAUGUUGCAGACCAUUUCAAGUGACUAAACAAUGCCAAGCUGCACAAAUAUGACACGACGAGUGUUCCGAAACGUAAUAAUUUUAUGUCUGUUGCAAAAUAAAGAAUCAAAAUGUU